AUGAAUUUCUGCGCCAUUGCCAUGGAUAGCUUGGUACGGGCUUCGUCCCUACAUCUACACAUUGUAUUUAUGCACGUGCACAUAUUCGGAACUAAUCAAUCUGAAAAAGAUGCGAGACCGAAUCUAACACUGCGUGGUUUCGAAGCAAUUGAUGAUAUUAAAUCUCAAAUAGAAAGAGCCUACCCAGGAAUUGUAUCCUGUGCAGAUAUUCUAGAAUUAGCUGCUCCUGAUGCUUUUUCUUUUCCUAUACCCAUGUGGGAUGUGCUCACUGGUAGAAGAGAUGGUAUGGUCUCUCUUAUAUCUGAC